UCUUUCCCGUCCCCCGCAGCUUCCCCCUAAGCCACCGACUUCCUCUUCCUUUGAAAACGGGUAAAAAGGCUUGAAAUUUCUCCUUCUUGCUUGUUCAAUCACAAGAUGUGGGGCUUAGAACUCUCCCUAAAGCCAAACUUUUUCAGAUCUGCAGCUCUUCCAUCCCUGUCCGUGACUUGCUCUUGGUUGGGUGAGAAUGAAUCUUCGGUUUUAGGAAGCGAAAUCGAGGACAGGGAAACCAAAGGGAGUGACGAGGUAGAAGGCUAGCCAUUUCUAAUCGGAUAUAAGUUUUAGAUUUUAUCAUCCUUUUGUAAGGUCAAACAAAAAGGUCGUAAAGAUAAGGUCUCUAAUAGGGAUAAGAUUACAUCUAUUCCCAAAGAAACACGUGGUAAGAUCAUUUCAUGAAUAGAGCAAAAAGAAAGUUCUCAGAAUGGCCAGAACCUACAAGUUGAAUCGCCCUCCUCUGAUCGAAAUGUGGGUCAUGGAUCCGGGGUCUUUCGGGAUGUUGAGCCGAGUGUGGGACAUCUUGCUGGUCAAAGAGGACAACAAAGUCCUCCCAAUGGAGAAGGCAUUGUCACUUAUACUAGAAAGGGACUCCAGUCUAGUCGAAGGGUGGGAUCGGGACACAAUUACAAGGAAAUGGAUCAGCCCCAUUGUGAUUCAAAAGGGGGUGGAUCCCACACCUUACCUUCCCCCUUUGACAGAGUGGGUUCCUCUUCCGCCUCAUCUUCAAGCUCCAGAUAUGUGCAUAAUAACGAAUGCACAAUGGAACUCGAUGGAGGAGCAGACGGGGUGGGACAUAUGGGAGGAUCAAAUCUCACCUCAAAUUACAUCCAUUCCCCAGAAUUGCCCAUUUUUGAACAAGAUCUCGAUGAUGGGAUGCAUGAAAACAGUCCAUCUGAUUGUCCGAAGGGAAGAGGUUCCAUGUUCCAUGGGGGAUUGGUUUAUACAGAUCAUACUCCCCUUUUACUUUCCAGAGGUGAACAUGCUGAUCAAGAGUUGUUAGACAGGGGCCAUUCAGUGGAUACAAGAACUGGGCAGAUGGGUCAUGAACUCUUUCAGUGACUCUAUUUGGUCAAUGAAGAUUAUGUCUUGGAAUUGCUGCAGUGCGGCGAACAACAACUUUAAGCAAUCUAUGAUGGAUAUUAAAAGAGAACAUAAUCCUGGUAUCUUUCUUAUCAUGGAGACUAAGCUGGCAGGGAAUAGGGCUAUUGAAGUUGCUCAAACCUCGAAUAUCCCAAGUGGGAGAUUGUCGACGCUGAUGGUUUUGUUGGAGGCAUUUGGUUGCUUUGGGAUGAUACUCGCUUUACCAUUGACAUUCUGAACAAAGGGUCUCAAGUUAUCCACGGCUUGGUUCAGGAUGUUGGUGUCUCAGCUCCAAGACGUGCAAAUUAAGCACAUAUAUCGUGACGCGAACAUGGUCGCUGACAAUCUAGCUAAAGCAAGAUGUAGUCUUACCGGUCCUUUUGUUAUUUUGGAUCAAUGUACUACUGAUACUAGAAUGCUACUGUACUCUGAUAUUAUAGGGAACCCAAUUCCCAGGUCUGUACCAACUUGCUAAUCCUUUAUCUUAUAUUCUCUCCUUCUACCAAAAAAAAAAAAAAAAAAUCAUUCAACUAACU